AUCCACAACACGGGCGGGCUGAGCCGGCGGGGCUUCCCGGCUGGGUUCGUGUUCGGGACGGCCGCGUCGGCGUACCAGGUGGAGGGCAUGGCGAGGCAGGGCGGGCGCAGGCCCAGCAUCUGGGACGCCUUUGCAGCCAUACCGGGGACGAUCGCCGGCAAUGGCACCGCCGACGUGACGGUCGAUGAGUACCAUAGGUACAAGGAGGAUGUGAGCAUAAUGAAGGAAAUGGGCUUCGACGCGUACCGGUUCUCGAUCUCCUGGUGGAGGAUUUUCCCAGAUGGGACUGGGAAGGUGAACCAGGAAGGAGUGGACCACUACAACAGGCUCAUAGAUUACAUGCUCCAGCAAGAUAACUGAAGUUUUCAAAAUUGCUUGAUUGAUUAUUAAUCAAUGUAAGCAAUCUAUCAUGUAGGUUUUGUUCGAUCCUACAGUUGAAGAAAAUCAUACUGAAGAUCUGAGCUUAAGUGUUCCAACAGCUGAAGCACCAGCUCAAGAUGAAAGGAACCUCUUAAUAUGAUUGUAGAUCCAUUCCCGUAAAGUGCAGUUAGAAUAUGGAAUCCACCUCGAACUAGGUUUAAAAAACAGAAAGCAUAUGGAAUUUUGCUCUAUCAGGUAGCAAUUUGGUUGUUCAAUCCAUCCAUAGUUACAUUUUUAAGAUAUAUUGUGGAAUUUCCUUAUUUUUUUAAUACAAGUCUGAACUUUUAGGACAUCCGACACAUGAGUUUGAACCAUCCAAUUAUAGUGCUACUAAUUUUGGGUCACUACAUCAUGCAAUACUACGGAUGCUGUUCAACAUGGCAAAGUUGGAUUUUUUUUUUCUUUUUUCAGAUUAGAAUCACUUUAGCAAUGCCAUAUAGAUAAUACAAGAUGUGGCAAAGUGUUGUAUUCAAUAGAGAUUACAGUGAUAAAUUGGUGAAAUUAGUUUGCUCUCUGAUCUCUGUUAGCUUUAAAUCGCUAGGAAGCCAUGUGGUCCUAUUUUUAGUACUAGGAGGAGAACAUAUAUUAAAUCUAUGUCAUCCAAGGAAGAUCUCUGUUGUGCUGGGGCAAACUAAACCAGAGCAAGCACUUACUCAAGGCAAGGAGCAGUGCUCGUACUUGCUCAUGGUUGAGGUAGAUUCAGGUUAAAUUUUAUGUGUUGAUUCCCUUCUCUUGCACAUGUCUAGGUCUUUGUGCCUGAUCAAGCUGUUCUUUGACAAGUAUUAUCUUUGAGUGAUGCCAUGUUGGUAAUAAAAUACUAUAUAACUCACAUUUCAUUUCUUAUGUGUUCCUUUUUCAUUUUUGUUCUGUUCUUAUUUUUCAAGUAUUAUUUUUGACUUGUUCCAGAUAUUUAAAUGUCUUUUUACGUAUCCUUUGUUUGUUCUCAAUUUGGAUGCUUUCAUGCAGAUCAAGUUAUUAUGGAGGAAAAAAUGAAGGGGUGCAUUGCAAUCUAGAUUUGACUAAAUGUGUGGCACAAUCUGUUGACAAACACAUUUACAUUUAAGUAUGUGUAGUAUGCUUCAGGUAAUUAACCACAACAUUUGUUUCGUCAAUUAUUUCCUUUUCAUUCAGUGAAUGUCCUUUUGUUAAAAAGCGCGAGUCCAAUGUGCAAGUACGGAAAAGGUUCUCCCAUUGGGUUGCCACUACAACGAAAUAAGCAUGUAAAUGACUGUUAAACAUACUCUAUUUUUGUAAUUCAAAGGCAAUGUUUCUGCCAGUCUCUUGAAAGAACUAAAAGAAAUGCAGCCUUUAAAACUGAAUGUCUACAUUCAUUUUUGGAGAUCACAGAGCUAUAUAUUAAUGAGUUAUUAUGUUGAUGCACACUGCAUUCAAUUUAGUGAGCUUGUUAUUUUUCUGAUCGGAUUCAGUGGUAAUGGAAUUGGGUGGUGAAGAAAACUAGCAAGCUGCAUAGGAGAAAUUCAUACAUGCACCCGCAUGAAUAAUAAUUUUCCAAAUGUCAAAUAGUUCUAGAAAAACUAUACAUAUAAAUAUCUGAAUCAUCUGUGUCCUUGUAAAAUUAGUGGAAAAAUGAUUUGGGAGGGUGAGGUUGCUUUAGUCUUGACCAUGAAGUGCUCUUUGCUAGCGAUGUCGCGGCCAGUCGGCCACUCGCUCUCCAAAUCCUGCAGCUGUGCAUGGGUCCGAUGGACAUGCAUGGCGGCUCAGACCUGCGGGCUCCACGAUCACCACGGCGCUGCUUCCUGGCCUUGCCGCUGGCAGUCACCGAACCCUCACCGGAUUGUCGACCCCACAACUAACCAUCACCCUCAUCUCAUUAGUUGGCUUCCCUCUACUGGAUCCGAAUUUUUUUGGUUGGUUUGCAAAGUGCAGAUGUGUGACCUCCUCUAUGAUGAAGGCAUCAAGGAGAUGAACUUUUGCUUCUCAAGUUUUGAUUUAGUUGAGAUGUUUAAGAAAUAUUGGUCACUUCCAAGUAAAUUUUAUGAUGAUGUGAUAUAUGUCUACUAAUUUCCAUUUUUUCCAUUUGUGUUCAGGUAUCUAUACUAAAGGUUGCAGUACAACACUAGCUGGUUACAAUUUUGUAGAUUUCCUUUUACCCUUAGUUUGUGCUCCCUCCGAUCCAAAUAUAAGUGUCGCAGCUUUGAACUAAGGUGUUCGACCUUAGUUCAAAACUGCGACACUUAUUAUGGAUCAGAGGAAGUAGUAAAUGCCAAUUAGUAUAGUCCCUUAAGGCCUAAAAAGUAGCAUAGGAUAUGGGAGCAAAAGGUUCGACAAAAACUUUUAAAACCUGAGAUGGAAGUAUAUUUUGUAGGCUUGUAGUGCAUGUUCACCUGUACGAGCUAGAACUUCCUUUGUGUUGGCGGAAGUGUUAGCCUGCCAUUAUCAGUUGAGCAUAGGGCCUGACCAGCGUUUUUUAGUCUUUCAUUUACUUUUUACCAACUCAAGUAAAAUGUUUGAAAUCUUAUAUCGACCACAUCACUAAAAUUUGGUUGCACUAUGGUUGCAUGUUUAAGUCGAAAGAGGGAUCGACCUUCAAUGUUGCCUCGUCAGGUUGUUUAGUCCCAACGAGGUCUAAAUCCAUUCCCCCAUCUUGUGUCGAUUUCCUUCUUAGUACUAAUGUUUCCCCUUAGUGACAUUGUCUAUUUGGUGUCAUUUUUUGUACAAAAGUACUUUAUGAUGUUCAUCCUGCUAAGCUGCAGGGGUAAUAGUGCUUCCAGUAUUUGUAAUUUUGAAUCAUGGUCAAUUGAUCAGUCAUGGAUCAGAUGGCUUAGUAUGUGACAGAGGCUCUUUGCUCCAAUCAAUUAGUGGGAGAUCAAAUAGCUUAAGCUUGCCGUACACAAUGCAAUGUAACUAGAAUAGUCUUUAUCUUUUAAUCAGUUUCCCAGUUAUAUUUCUUCUAGAAUUUAGUUUUUUUACUUUGUGAUUUAUUGACAUUUUGUUAGAUGAUACAUGCUUCUAACCACAGUACAGAUCAGAUCCAAAAUCAGGAUACAUGACAGCUGCAAAGCAAAUAUAUCAAAGUUGCUCGGGUGGAUCUGUUGUGGUUCAAGCUCCUCAAGUGGAUCUAAUCAAGACUACUUACCGACCAUCUUCCAUUUGAACUGCAGCAAUGUGGGGUGGCGCAUGUGGAGUAGGAGGGUAGAAGAGAAGAUGGAGAAGGUUAUUCUGGCCUUACGUUGAGUGUUGAGUCUGGGGUAUAUGAAAAUACUUGAGUUGAAGAAUAUCCGGUACUGGAUAUAAAUGAUUGAGGAGACGCAUGACUUAAAUAAAAAGGGUUGUGAGAAUAUGAAAUAAGGAAAUUACUGUUUCUAAUUGAGUCUUAAUCUAAAUAUGACAUUUGUAUGA